AUGGAUGAAGGUGCUAAAUAUCCACUCGGAGCCGAAAUACUCAACCGCGAUCUAUACGUGGACGACCUCAUUACGGRAACUGAUAAUGUCGAAACCCUCGGAAAGAUACGCGAUCAAACUAUUGAAAUAUUGAAACGAGGCGGUUUUAAUAUACGACAGUGGGCGUCUAACUUCCGACCGGUGCUCAAAAAUUUAGACAUAAAAAACAUCGACGUCGAGCUCUGCACUGGGGAAAAUCCUAUUUUAAAGACACUCGGUAUUUCAUGGAACGCACAUUAUGAUUGUUUAAUCUACUCCGUCGCGCCAGUAGAUAUUCACGAAAGAAUUACCAAACGACGAAUUUUAUCCGAAGUUGCAAAGAUCUUUGAUCCAUUUGGACUCCUAGGACCCGUCAUUCUAACAGCCAAAAUCUUCAUCCAAGACUGCUGGAAAACACACGUCGACUGGGAUGAAUCAGUACCCAGUACGUUACGUACCUCGUUGAUAACGUUCGCAGAACAAUUGACAUUAAUUGACAGUUUAACGAUAGAAAGACGCAUCACACUCGACGACCCGAUUGACGUGCAAGUGCAUGGUUUUUGCGACGCGAGUCAAUCUGGUUACGGCGGCUGCUUAUAUGUAAGAUCGCGAGAUGAAUUCGGUAACAAAUAUGUACGUCUACUUUGCGCGAAAAGUCGAGUGGCUCCCCUUAAGGAUACCACUAUACCACGUUUAGAGCUAUGCGGAGCAUUAACACUCGCGCGAUUAUAUAGAGAAGUCCGAACUGCCGGCGGAUUGAAACCCAACAAGAUAACUUUUUGGUCCGAUUCGAUGAUUCGACAUGUGCGAUCCGAGGACAACCCAGCGGACGCUUUAUCUAGGGGACAACUUCCGCGCGAUUUUUUGAGGAACGAGGCAUGGUUCCAUGGACCACCCUGGCUUGCGAAACCAGCGACUGAAUGGCCCAACCCGACGGAAAAGGAAAUUCUCGAAUUACCGGACGUGAAAGGAUUGUCGGUAAUAACGACGCGAAUUGAAUCCGGAAAUGUAUUUCAGCGAUUCUCCAAUUACGCGCGAUUAUUGAAAAUUGUAGCUCGAUGCCGACGAUGGCUUAAAACUAACUCGUAUAAGGGAGAAUUGUCUACGGCGGAAAUAACAGAAACGGAACGACACGUUUUAAAGAUCGUGCAAGGUGAACAAUUUCACGCCGAAAGAGAAAGAUUAAAAACAGAGCACAAGACUAGCCGCGUUAAAUCCGAUCCUCGACGAAGAAGGCUUAAUUCGAGUGGGGGGCCGACUUCGAAACGCAAAUUUAAGUUUCUACGAGAGAUGUCCGAUAUUAUUGCCCUCACAUCAUCACGUCACCGAUCUCCUUAUCCGAAAAUUCCACGAACAAAACAGACUACCCUCUAUGCUCUUCGACAACGGUUUUGGCUUCUCGACGGCAAGAAUUAG